AUGAUUUUGCGAAAAUUAAAAACUAAUUCUGAGAAACUGAGGUCAUUGUGGAUGCAGAAUGGACUUAGCCAUGAUACUUGUACUUCUGAUUGUCAGUUGAAGGUUUUAGGCUUGAACUGGAACCCAGUAAAUGAUAAAUUUUCUUUAGAUAUAGCAAGAUUAAUGGAUAGUUUAAAGAGUUUGAAGAGCACAAAGCGUUAUGUCUUGCAUGUUGCAGCAAUGAUUUUUGAUCCAAUUGGUUUUGCAGCUCCAUUUGUAGUUAGGAUUAAGUGUUUGCUACAGGAAAUUUGGGAACGUGGUAUUGGUUGGGAUGAGAAAUUGCCAGAUGACCUUAAAAUCAAGUGGACUAGCUGGUGUUCUGAGGUUAAAUAUCUGAAGGAUAUUUCAGUUCCGAGAAAUUUAUUUGUGUGUUGUGAUAACUUAAAUUCAAAAAUGGAAAUACACGUAUUUUGCGAUGCGUCUCCUAUAGCUUAUGGUGCUGUAGCGUAUUGUCGUUACUUAAAUGAUAAGGGUGACAUUUCCGUGUCAUUUGUCAUGUCGAAAAGCAGAGUAGCUCCUUUGAAGAAAUUGACGUUGCCACGAUUGGAACUAAUGGCAGCAGUCAUAGGAGCUAGAAUAGGAAAGUAUCUGGGAGAGGUUUUUAAGGAUCUUAUUGAUAAAUUUGUGUAUUGGACUGAUUCCUUAAUUGUCUUGUUUUGGAUAAAGGGUUCUACGAAGCAAUGGAAACAGUUUGUCGGUAAUAGAGUGGUUGAAGUGCAGGAAAAAUCAGAUCCCAGGUCUUGGAAUCAUUGCAGUGGAAGGGAAAAUCCUGCUGAUUUAGUUAGUAGGGGUGUGCCAGCUCAAUGUUUGUUGGAAGGUGAUCGUUGGUGGUGUGGUCCAUAUUGGCUAAAAAGAAAAGAUAAUUUUUUCCCUAAGCAUCCACUGAAGGAUAUCCCACUGGAAGUAGUAGAAACUGAGAGAAAGGGAUGCGUUGUGCAUACUACUGUGAUUAAGAAUUUUGUGAUUGAUGAACUGCUUCAUAAAUAUUCUUCUUGGACAAAACUUUUACGAGUUAUAGCUUGGUGUCUCAGAUUUAUUGCCAAUGUGAAACGGUCAUCAAUAACAAGGACAAAAUCAAAUUUUCUCCAGACUGGAGAGCUAGCCGUAGCACAUUCUUGGGUAAUCAAGUCUGUGCAAAUGCAAGAAUUUAGUGAAGAAAUCGAUCAUUUGAAAAAGAGAAAACUAGUGAGUCCUCGCAGUAAACUCAAUAUGUUGAAUCCAUUCUUAGACGAUGAGGGUAUUCUAAGAGUGGGAGGACGACUAAGAAAUGCUAGCAUCGCACAGAAUGUAAAAUAUCCAGUCAUUCUGCCUAAAUCACACUAUAUUACAGAACUGAUAAUACGAUAUUAUCACUAUAAAUAUCUUCACGGAGGAGCACAAAUGCUCCAUUCAGAAAUCAAGCAGAGAUAUUGGAUUAUUAAUGCACGAGCAGCCAUUCGCAAGAUCAUUCGUAAAUGUGUAACAUGCUGUCGACACAGAAGUGAGCUGUCAUAUCAAGCAAUGGGCGAUCUUCCAGCAUCCAGAGUGAAUCCCGCAAGAGCUUUUUCGAAAUGUGGUGUGGAUUUUUCGGGUCCUUUCCAAGUUAAACCGAAGAAAGGGCGCGGUGUUCGGACAGUGAAGAUCUACGUUUGUGUUUUCGUAUGUUUUAGUACUAAGGCAGUGCAUUUAGAACAAGUUGGAGACAUGACGACAGAUUCCUUCAUAGCAGCUCUAAAACGAUUCAUUGCUAGACGUGGAAGACCGGAGGAAAUGUAUAGUGAUUGCGGCACUAAUUUUAUAGGUGCCAACAGACAACUAAAAUCAUAUCGUUCGGACCAAAGGGUAGCUAGAUACUUAACAGAGGAAGAAAUUAAGUGGAAUUUCAAUCCGCCUUCUGCACCGCACUUUGGUGGACUGUGGGAAGCCACAGUAAAGGCUAUGAAAUAUCAUAUAAGAAGAGCAAUUGGUUCUCAAGUUCUAACUUUUGAAGAAUUUGCUACUUAUCUAGCAGAAGUCGAGGCGUGUCUGAACUCAAGACAUUAG